AUGUCCCCAUCACCGUCACUCAGCCUGGUCUCGGAUGUGUCGGACCUGGACUGGGGCGGGGUCCACCUGGGUGCGCUUAACAUCCAGGGCAGCUGGCUGCAGCACGAUCUAGCUCUUCAUAUCAGUGUCACAGAGCUCAAGGCAGUGCACCUGGCCUGUCAGGCAUUCUUGCCUCACCUGAGAGGCAAGGUGGUGAAGGUCCUCAUGGAUAAUAUGGCUGAAAUGUAUUACAUCAACAGGCAGGGCGGCGCCAGGUCUUCAGCCGUGUGUCAGGAGGCACUCAGCCUUUGGAACUUUUGCAUGCAGCAUGCCAUCCACCUGGUGGCCGCCCACCUACCUGGAAUCAACACUGUCCUGGCACAUCACCUCAGCAGGAUCUUCUCAUCUCGCCAUGGAUGGGCCGACGCCCCUUCUCCUAGCCCGCCGGGGAAAGCCGAUCGCACGUUCCCCGGGUGUUUGCAGCCCCCGGCUGGGUGGCUGAAGAAGCGGCCAGCAAGCUGCAGGGACGCCUGGCGGGCCGGACUGCGGGCAGUGCAACUUGCAGGGCGGGGUCUCAGAGGGACAGGUUGGAGCUCGCUGCGGGUGCCAGGUGCGGUGCUGACACGGCGGCCGGGGCUGGGCCGCCUCGGGCUCUGGAGCUGGGCGCAAGGGGAGAGGCUGGGGCAGAGCGUCCGGCUGCAGCUUGACCCAAUCCCAGCCAGGGAAGACCCAGAGGAGCGGCGGCGAGAGCUUAAGCCGCUCCUCCCGCAGCGCACCGCUCCACCGCGUCCCGGGCAGGGGCAGGCGCUGCCAAGACUCGGGGGCUGGGGACGCCUCCGGGCAAAGAAGCUGGGCGGGUCCGGGGCGGACCCGGGCGGGGUCCCCGAGACCCUCUCACCGGCCUGUGCAGACACUGGGCUGGGCUGCCGCUGGGCACCGGCUGGCUCCGCGGGACCAGAGGAGCGUCUCGCAAGCUGGAGCCGGGGCCGCCGGGCCAAGCAGCUCCGGGAGCAGCCAAGCGCCCGCUCCUCGCCUGGCGGCUCCGGCGCUCCCCUGGCAACUGCAGCAGGACAGAGCCGGGGGCCCGAAGAGAACCAGCGGCCAGGCCUGCAAAGAGAUCAUCGAUGCAGGGAAGCAGGUAUUGGUCUGCACACAACACUGGGUUGACAGUGACUUUAAAAUCACCGCAAAUCCGGAGGGAGCCAUCUUUCUUCACUAUUGGAACAAUAGGAGUUGCCCAUGGGCUUUGGAUAACUGGUAUUAGGACUCCAUUUGUGACCCUUCACCUCACUGAUGAAGAGCUGUAAACCUUGAAAGCAGCCAUUUAUUGCCACACCCUGAACUAACCAAAAACGAGCCAAAACUGGCUGGGCCAUCCCCUAAUAAUCUAACUCAGUUGCCGUAGCAAUACAAGUCUCUAUUACCACGACAACCAAAUACACAACAGGUAGGCUUGAUGGGAACUUAAAAGUGGGCUAGUCCAAAUAUUAGUAAGUGGCCAGUAGGGAACAGUCCUGUGCAGGGCCCAGGGAGGUGGGCUAGAUGGGAGCUCAAAGGGCUUCACCAUAUCUGCUUCUCUGUUAUCAAAGGCAAUGUUUAUUGGUGGAGAUUUCAGCUGGUUUACAAAGAACCAAUUCCUGAUUAUUGCUUUCUUGUAUUUGGAGGCGG